UCUCCGAAGCUCCUCUGCUGAGCGCGGCAGUGGCCGAUGUGCUCCGAGCUACAUCGGCACGGCUGCACAGCGGGGCAGAGGCUCGUAUUCGGAGGUUCAUUCACACAGUGGAGUGACGGCUGGUGUGCCUGAGAGGAGAACCCGUUAUCCCCUAAAAGUCCAUCGUUCACUGAAUCCGGCGGGAGAACACAGUGGUUAAAUUGGUAAUAAUCUAUUUGAACGUUCGUUUACACAAGAAACGAAGAUGGUGAUCAAGAAGAUAUGCUGUAUUGGAGCUGGGUAUGUGGGUGGACCCACAUGCAGUAUAAUAGCUCUUAAGUGCCCCGAUAUUGUCGUGACCGUGGUGGACAAAAGUAAGGACAGAAUCGCCCAGUGGAACUCGGAGAAGCUUCCGAUAUACGAGCCUGGAUUGGAUGAUGUGGUUAAACAGUGCCGUGGCCGCAACCUUUUCUUUUCUACAGAUAUAGCCACAGCCAUUAGAGAAGCUGAUCUCAUCUUUAUUUCUGUGAAUACACCCACUAAAACAUUCGGAAAUGGAAAGGGGCGAGCUGCUGAUUUGAAGUAUGUGGAAAGUGCUGCUCGAAUGAUUGCAGAAGUAGCAACAGGGAACAAAAUAGUUGUGGAGAAAAGUACAGUUCCAGUGAGAGCAGCAGAAAGCAUUUUAAAUAUUCUUCGUGCCAAUAAUAGACCUGGAGUGUCAUAUCAGAUAUUGUCAAAUCCAGAAUUUUUAGCUGAGGGAACUGCUAUAAAUGACCUCCUGAACGCAGACAGAGUUCUUAUUGGUGGUGAAGACACUGAAGAAGGUCAUGCUGCAGUAGAAGAACUUUGUUGGGUUUAUGAACACUGGAUUCCUCGCGAGCGCAUUCUCACCACAAAUACAUGGUCUUCUGAGCUAUCAAAGCUUGCAGCAAAUGCAUUCUUGGCUCAACGCAUCUCUAGCAUCAAUUCCUUGUCUGCUGUCUGUGAAUCAACUGGAGCUGAUAUUUCAGAAGUAGCCCGAGCUGUGGGAUUAGAUUCUCGCAUUGGUCCUGGGUUUUUACAAGCUUCAGUAGGGUUUGGUGGAAGCUGUUUCCAAAAGGAUAUUCUCAACCUGGUGUACAUAUGUGAAUGUUUAAAUUUGCCUGAAGUGGCUGCUUAUUGGCAACAAGUCAUAACAAUGAAUGAGUACCAGAAAUCACGGUUUUCAGCUAAGGUUAUUGAAUCCCUUUUCAAUACAGUGACUGACAAGCAAAUAGCUAUGCUAGGAUUUGCUUUCAAGAAGGAUACUGGGGACACUCGGGAAUCUGCAGCCAUUUCUGUUGCAACCACUCUUCUAGAUGAAGGAGCUCAGCUUCACAUUUACGACCCAAAGGUGGAAAAGUCUCAAAUAAUUGAAGAUCUUACUCACCCAAGUGUAACAGAAGAACCUGAGAGAGUUAAGAGUGCUAUCACUAUUCAUAAAGAUCCGUACGCAGCCACACAAGGAACUCAUGCGAUUGUUCUGUGUACAGAGUGGGAUGAAUUUAAGACUCUAGAUUACAGGAAAAUUUAUGAGGGAAUGGUAAAGCCUGCAUAUAUAUUUGAUGGUCGCAAGAUUCUUGACCAUGCUGAACUUAUUAAAUUGGGAUUUCAAGUGCAAACAAUUGGCAAAAGGUUGUCUCGACCAAACCUAGCUCGAGUUUGGGGUUCAAGCUCUCAAAUAUUAUGAGAAGAGGUUCCUCAAGAAGAAUUUCGUUGCUCAAAGCAUUCUGAACAGUGGAACACACCGUUCAACCAGAGAAAUUCUAAAGUUCAACACAACUGGAGUACAUUUGCCCUCUUUUUGAGCCUUCUUGUGGCAGGACUGGCAAUCCUUGUAACUUUUCCAGACUCUCCUGAUAAAUGAAAGGAAAAAGAUUUGGACAAAUGAACCAUUUUGUUUUUAUGAUUUAUGAAGACGAAACAUCAAUUUUCAUAAAGAAGAAGUUACAAAUACAUCACAUAGGGUUGUGUGAGAUUUGUAUAUGGCCAUGUUGCAACCCUGUGUGCAAGAGCCUGUGCAAUUUUAAUUUUUUAAAUUGAUUGAUAAUGAAAGUUGCAAAUAAAAAUCUGCACAAACUGUGGAACUUACAUUUGUUCAAAAUAAUUGACAAAACAUUCCUCAUUUGAAUUGAACUUUUCUGCAGCUAUAAAAGUAUUACAUAGUUUCUGGUCAUAUGGUAUCUUUAGUUUUCUGUAAGUUCUUCAGCAUAUUAAGGUUCAUUUGUUUUCAUACACUUUCACCUUGUUAAAGUGAAACACUCUGUAGACUUCAGAGUGCUGAUUUUGUUUUGGAGGAACAUAAGUUUUCAAGGUAAAAAUUGUUCUAAUUAAUGAGGAAGUUAGCUGCAAGCAUUCUUGUGUUUUCUUUCAAAUUGAUACCGAUGUUGGUCUAAAAGACGAGCAUUUCAUUCAGAUGUGUGAAUAGAUCACUUGAACAAAUUUAAUGCUUUUUGGAAUUGUGUAACAGAGUUUUCUUCAUUCCAUUAUUAAUUCCAUUCUUUAAAUAUUUUGUGUUAGUAUGUGAAAAUUUAAAUUGUCUUCCUACUUUUACAAGUGUUCAACAUUCCUAAUCGCAACUGCUGUAAUGAAAUUAGUUAUUAAUUUUUACUGAGUAACGUAUUUCAAAAAAAUAUUUUUUUCACUACCUGCAUUUUAUGUGCCUUUAGUUGUUAACAUUUGUGCAGAUUUUUAGUAACUCCUCUAGAAAUUAUCUCUAAAUGUUUUGUAUUGAUUAACUGUUGGAAACAACAAGAGUAAAAAUGUUGCUUGCUGCCUUAAACUCAUUUGCAGAGUUGCCUAAGAAAUGUUAGGAGCAGUUGUUUCUAAUAAUUGCAACCUUGUUCACGAGUUCUUCUGUCCAGUAUUUAUUCCAUUUCAUACCAUAUUUUAUUUUAAUACAGAUAGUUAUAUUGUAUUGUUGUUAAAGGCUUUUACUGUGUGCCAUUCAAUUCUGGCUAGAUAUCAUUCAAUAGCAGUGGUAGAUGAUCUAAAACUAUAUAACAUUUUGACUGCGAAGUGUGUUAAUACAUGACACUACAGGUGUGUCAACAAAUGACAGUGUGUUAAUAAGUGCAUUAUUGGAGCCUCCUUCAGUUUAAAUGUAUAAAUAAUUCUUUGGGGUCUCAAAUAUCUGUGAUGUUCUCGAUGUCAUUGCUGUGUGUACAAAUGGUGAAAUUAUCAAAUAUUUCCCUUUGUUUUCUUUCUUUUUCUAAUAGUGUCAAGUAAUUCCUGAUCUGGAAAAAUAAUCAGGCGAAUGUGCCAUCUGCUGGACUCCUAACUUACAGGAGGCGAAGCAGUCAUUGCAGUGCAAAUUCCGCCUCAAUCAAAGAAGGUAGUUGUUGACACCAACUGACCAAUUUAGAAAGAUGUCUGAAAUAAAUAACCAGUAUUAUAUAAAGUGUUGUCACCUUUGAGGAAUAAACAAAAUGUAGAAGAGUCCAUAUUCACAUCUGGACUUUACUGUAAUAAUUAUUUUUGUGUGCAUACAUCAUUUAUCUAAAACUAAAUUACAUGGGGUUGCAUCAUCAUUUUGAGUGCUCGGGAUGAAUUGAAAAAUAAUGUAUGGUGAAAAUAUUUGUUGUUGUGCGACAGCUCUGCACUUUUGAGAAAUGUAAUUACUAUAUUUGAGAGUUUCUGUUGUCAGGUGUAGACCAAUGAGCACAUUGCUUUGCUCAACAAGAAUUAGGAGAAUUUGAAAAAUGGUUUCAUUUCCUGACAUAGUUUAUCAUACCAUCCCUUUCCUUGUUAAUGAAUGGUAAUAACUGUUCAUAGGAGGCUAGUUAUUAUUUAACAUUCCUCUUUUUACAAGGGCCAGGGUGUCCCCAAUGUUGUGACAUGUUUGUAAAUUAAAGUUCAUAAUUGAUAAACAUGUUAAAUCAAUUAUAUCUUUAAUUCCAUUGGACACUAGCUUGUGUUGGUCCCUUAUUUUAUUAAUGUCAUUUUAUGAGUUUGGCAUAAUUUAUUUAUUACAUAAUAUGUAGUUAUAAACAGAAAUGUAUAUAAACUAGUUAUAAGAUUGACACUAUUAUCCCAGUUAUUCAAGAACAAUGUUAAUGCAUAAUACUAAAGUGGAGCUGUAUUGAACACAAUUUUAGCACCUGGUGGGUUUGCAGUUGUGGGAGUGAAAUUUUUAUAAAUCUCUUUUUGAGGUACUGACUUUUUUUAUUUUAUAGGUGCUAUUCAAAGUCUCAUUUGUCUUCUUGUGAGCAAGCAUUUCCUUUAAUUUUGUCAAUUACCUUUCUCAUUUUUGGGCAUUUCCUAAUUAUAUUUUGUCUAGUAGUGCAGUUUCUAAGGAAUUUAGUAAAUUUAGACUCUUCUUUCAAGUUUUUACUUUUGGACUGAUAUUAUAAAUGUAAUAAAUAUACAUGAAAUAACAUAAAGACUGGCAUUUGUCGCAAUGGAAUCUCAAACAAAAUAUUGCAAAGAUACAUGUGACAGAUGGUGUACAUCAUUUUCUUAAAAUAUGUGUAAGUAUCGUAUUAUUUUAUAAGUACAUUACAGCAUAAAUAGUGAUUUAAUAUCUGACUUUUAAACUUGCAGUUCCAGUUCUGAAAACUAUUAUGAUGGAUAAUUUAAGAGACAAUUUUAUUUAUUAAAAUUAUGUUUGAAAAUUACAAAUUACUUUUAUGAAAUAAAACUAAAAUUUGUUUUGUAUUGAAUUUGAUGCAAAUGCAUUGGGCUUUUCAAUCUGUACCUCAUAUCAUAAUAAUAAUAACAAUAAUAAUAAUUUAUGAUGCUGAUGCUCUCCUUUGUGUCAGCGUGCAGAGCCAUUCCGUGGAUCCAUUAGUUUAAAACAUUGUGAAUCUAUUUUUAAAAUAAAUGAUUCGGUCUCUUCUAUAGAACCUACUUUAUAUUUUCGAAUCACAGUAGUGAAAAUGUAUCAUAGUAAGUCCACGUCACAAAUUUAGUUUUACUCUCAGUUCUUGUUUCAGAAUGAUCAAUAACUAUUUUCAUUAAAUUGUGAAAUGCUGGACACAUUGUAAGCUCUCUAUCAGAUUAGUCUGAAGUAUGAAAAGACAACUUAGGAAAUACAAAUGUGAUAUUUGUGCAUUCAGAAACUGAUGGAUAUUUUGUGUCAUUUAUAUUACAGCUUUUACAAUCCAAGUGUUGUAUUUAAGAUGUGUUCAAGUGAAAAAUUUCUUCAAAAUUUGGUCUCCUAUGUUACUAAAUCUGCCCCCAAAUCUCAAUAAAAU